AACAAUUCUAAUAAGAUCUUUUGAAUGAAUACUUUAUAUAUAUAAACCACGUCACAUAUGUUAUUCAUAUUUGCAAUAAGUUUGUAUUAAAAAUAAUUAAUAUGAAUAUUUUUUCAUUAAUGAUUAGUCUGUUAUUAUUUUUUCAAUUAUCAGAAUGUACAUUAUCACCACCCAAAGAUAGAAAUAAUAAAAAAAAUAAAGGAAAAAUUGAAAAUAAGAAAGGUCCUGUGGAACAAGAUGUUUUCAGCAGAAUUUUAGUAAUCAAAAAUCCUAAAACAUAUGAUAUAAUUCGAGAAUCAGGAUUUUAUUUUUUUAAUACAACUCGUCGACGAUUUACUGGAGAGGUUUUGGGGUAUAUUACACCGUGGAAUAACAAUGGAUUUGAAGUUUCUAAAAUAUUUCAUGGAAAAUUCACAAUGAUAUCACCAGUAUGGUUAACAUUUCCAAAAGGCAGUGCAUCAACAUACAAAUUGUCAACUCAUGAUGUUCAAAAAAAAUGGUUAAAAGAAAUGAGAACUAUAAAUAAUGAAACCUAUCACGUAAAAAUUUUACCAAGAGUAUUAUUCGAGCAUUGGUCAAUUAAUGACAUUAUUGCAUUAUAUAGUGAUACUCAAAAACAAAUUGCAUUAAUUUCAACACUCACAGAUACAGCAAAAAAUUUUCAUUUUGAUGGAUAUGUAUUAGAAAUGUGGAAUCAGUUUGUAUCAACAGGUGUAGAUACACAGAUUGUUGUAGCAUUAAUUCAAUUUAUUGCUCAUCAAUUGAAAAACAAUAAUUUAGAUACAAUUUUAGCAGUACCACCCUCAAGAGGCCCUAAUAUUCAAUUAUUUAAUAGAGAUCAAUUUGAUCAAUUAUCUCCAUAUUUGAAAGCAUUCUCUUUAAUGACUUAUGAUUAUUCAAGCAUUCAACGACCUGGUCCUAAUAGUCCUCUUGAUUGGGUGAGGGAAUGUGUAGAAUUAUUAGUACCUGAAAAAAGUCCUAAAAGGGCUCAAAUAUUACUAGGUCUUAAUUUUUAUGGAUAUAAUUACACACCUGAAGGUGGAGGAGCUAUCUUAGGUUCAGAUUAUUUAAAAAUUCUUGAAUCCUUUAAAGGGAAAAUUCAAUGGGAUGAUAACAGCAAAGAACAUUUUUUUGAAACAAAAUCAACAGGAGGCAAUGGAAUUAUCUUUUAUCCUACAUUAUAUUCUAUUUUACAUCGAUUGGAUCUUGCAGCAGAGUUAAAUACAGGUAUAUCUAUUUGGGAACUUGGUCAAGGAUUACAUUAUUUUUAUGAUUUAUUGUGAACAUUUUGCAUAUAUUACAAAUAUACAUAAUAUUAAAAAAAUAAAAUUAUCUAAUAUAAUUUCCAGGUA